CAAGUGGCUAGACAUUCGAAGUUCGAUGUCGAGUCCAUUCAUGACAGCGCCAACACACGGAGGCUGUGAGCCGCCUGAGAUCCGUUUGUCGUCCCCAAUUCAACAGGACUCCAGAUAGCACUGAAUAUGAAUCGCGUUGCUUUAAGUCAUACAGAAAAUCAAAACAAGUGAAGGUUUUCUGUCAAAGGUGAGGUUCAACUUUUAACGUUGAAUAUCUAUAUUGUGGCUUCGUUGCCGGGUAACAUCUUAUGUUUGCUUUGUUACAGCCAAGUAGUGUACAGCCUGAAUUGCAGUGUCACCAUGAAUACUAGAUGCUCCUCCAAGUUGAAAACAGCUUCAGAGAAGAAGCUUGAUAAAAGUCCCAACGCAAGUGAAGAUGCUGUCCAACGCCAGACUCGGGCUAAGAGGAGGAGGAGGAGGAGGAGGAGGAGGACGGAAUUUGAUGAUGGCAGCAUUAAUAAGGAAGACGAUCGCAUCCAUAACAUAAUUCAGAUCAUCAACAGUCAUGUAGAGGAGGAGCCUGAAGCGGGCAGUAUUGCACAGGUGGUUGAUAGAGGGUCAGAUUAUUUGGAUGAGGAAUGUGGCUCUACAACUGCUCCUUCCCCUUUGAAAGUCACAGCUCCCAACAAAAAACUAAGACCACCAGCAGGCCUAUGCUCAUCUUGUCGGAAGUUCUACCAGAGGGCCAGGAGAUUGAAGACUCCCAUCAAAGAUAAACUCUUGGACAAUGAUCCCACCUCCUUGACAUGUGAUCAGUGGGUCCUGCUUAAAAAGUGGAACCCAAGUAGGCUACCUCACUCAAGCGGGAAGCUUUCCCACUGUGUGCUGCUGCUUCACGCACGUUUGAAGGGGAAGAAUAAAGCAAAGCAGAACAAGCAGGAUGGGCAUAAACACUCGUGCUCUAGGCCGCAUCUUUUCCUUCAGAGGAACCUCUGGAAGCCUUGCAAAGUGCCAGCAAGAAAGGAAAGGAAGCGAAAACAAGGGAAGAGGCCAAGAGAUGAUUCUCAGGGUUCUCAAAUCGGCAAGCAGAAACGUCUCCGUGGCAAAACCUCCCCGCAGGACAACGUUGGCAACUGGACCAAUCAGAGCAGCUUUUACUCUGCUUGUGCGGGCCUGGAUGUUGAGGGAUUUCACAGUGGAGAAAGCGCAGAUGAAAACAACUCAAAUGUGACCGCUAGUAUCAUUCCCUGUACGUUCACCAUGCAAACCACAAAGUUCGAGGGCAACCCACCCAAGCAGAAAGCACCAAUGAAGAAGACGUCGGAAUUUCAAGAUUUGCUUGCCCAGUUACGUGGCAACAGCAGCGUGAUUGUCAAAGAAACCCAAUAGACACUUGCAGCUGAUCCAUAUUGUUAAAGUUGGUUGUUUGGUGGGUCGCGAAGUUUCUCUAUUGAUACGUUUAUCCAACAGCAAUAGCUUACUCAUUUUUCAUGUUAUUUUUUUAUGACAUCCAUUCUCCGUACCGCUUGCAGUGAAAUUUAUAGGUGUAGUGAACCGAAUUUCUAAAUGAGAUUUCCAUAUGACGUGUCCAUACUGUACCUUUCUGUUUAAAGCCACAAGCUGCGUUCAAGUUACUUACACGCAAACUGAAGGGUUUGCCGCUGUGGUUGACGAAAUGAAGAGGAUUGUUGUUUGAAUAUAUUUGUAGUUAAAA